AUGAGUUUGACAGUACCACCGUCAGGAAGUGGUGGUGGCGGUGCAGUUGGAGGUAGUAGAGGUAGUAAGUUAAAAGGUACUGAUAAAGCUACGAUACAUUCAUUCAGUGAUUUGGUACCGGCACUUAAAAGCUUCCUCUAUGACAAAAAUAACGUGGAGUUGAAUAAACUACUGUCAUUACUGGAGGCUAAAACUCAAUUGCCACGUGAACAACUAACAUAUGGCAUGAUGAGCAUUGUUGCCAUUUAUCUGAUUUUUGGAUCACUGGCACAACUUGUCUGUAAUCUUAUCGGUUUUGGUUAUCCAGCUUAUGCUUCUGUUAAGGCAAUUCGAACGGAGCAAAAGGAUGAUGAUACGCACUGGUUAAUUUAUUGGACCGUAUUUGCAUUCUAUUCACUGAUCGAUUUUUUCGCCGAAGCAAUUAUGCGUGUGGUACCGUUGUACUGGAUAAUUAAGGUGAUAUUCUUAUUAUAUUUAUCAUUACCACAAACUUAUGGUGCCCAAGUUAUCUACGACAAAUAUCUUGAUCCAAUGAUAGCACGAAUCGAGAAAUCUCUCGCGAAAAAAUAA